AUGCCGUUGGCUAAAGACGUGGACCUCGACGCUGGCGACGCCGGCACCGGGCGAGCCGCGAUACACAAAGCCGCGUACUGGGGCCACGCGCACACCACGAAGACGCUGACGCAGGACCUUCGCGUCAAUCCCAACGUGAGGGAUAGCGAAGGGGACACCGCGCUGCACGACGCCGCGAGGUUCGGCCACGUCGAGGUGGUCAAGUUAUUGCUCGCGACGCCGGGUAUCCAGGUGGGGAUCAAAAACAACAAGGGCCUCACCGCGCUCGCGCUGGCGGAGGACUACGGCAAGCCCGAGGUGGCCGCCAUGCUCCGAGCGAAGGGCAGCAGACUGUGA